UCUUUCUUGUCCUGUCAUUACUAUUGUUUUUUUAAAUAAAUAGUUUAUUGUUUAAAAAAUUCUAUCAAUAAUUGUGCUUAUUAAGGUAAUGUGUAAUUAGGAAUCGCAUGAUUGACACUUACCGCUAAUCAAACUGAUAAAAUCCAUCAUGGCUUUAGUUGCUUACGACAAUAGUGAUUCGAGUGAUUAUGAAGACGACGACCAAGAAUGUCCGCCAGUCCUAUUGACAAAAUCAGUGGAAGAUCAAGUUACCAAACCGUCUACCUCACAGAGCAUAAAUGAAAAAGAACUUGAAAUUGACAAUGAUAAUAGUUUGUUUAAUGCUCUGCCACAACCAACAAAGAAAGUAUCUGGUAUUAUUGAAGAGGAAGAUGAGUUUCUACACAAAAAAGAGACCGCAAGCAUUGCAGUUAAACCCAAAUCUAAAAUAACUGUACCAUCACUGAGUGAUUUUAAAGAUGUAACUGACACAGUACCUAUUGCAAAACCCAGAGCAGUAAAUGGUAAAAAGUCUGGAUUACUAAGUAUCUUACCACAGCCUAAAAAUGGAAGUAUAUCAAUUAAAUCAACAAAAUCUCUAAUACCAAAUGUCUUGAGACAGAACACAGGCAGUAGUAGCAUUAAGAAAAAGGAACCUUUGCCAACUCAAAUAAAAAAAGCUAAGUCAGAUACUAAUACAAUAUCAAAAGACUCUGAUGAAAGUGACAAUGAUGAAGUACAAAAUGAUUUCUUUUCUAUAAACAAACCUAUUCAUAUUGAAGAUAUACCCUUACAAAGUGAAGACACAGAGAAUUUGUCUGAAAGCAAGAUUACAAAAGAACCGAGAAGUAUAGAGUCCUAUUUCAAAAAAGAUGUGGACAAUGUUGAAGUAGAACCAGGUCUAUCUUCAUACAAUCAGAUGGAAACAGAGUCUGUAGUAAGCUUAGAUACUGCAUCCAGCACACAAUCUGAUGAUAGUAAUUUGAUUCUUGAUGAAGAAGCUAUAUUGAAACUUGUUGGUGCUAGAGGGAAGCGUAAGAGAGAAGAAAUUCAAAUAGUUGACUUCAAUCAACAAGAGGUACUUGUAGAGGCGAGGCAGUUGCUGCUCAAAGGUCUUAUGGAUGACACCAGCAAAAGAGUUUCCGCAAGCAAAAAGAAAGGCAAUGAACCUACAAACAUGCAAAAAAGGAAACACCAGAUCACAUACUUGGCUCAUCAGGCUAAGGCAAAUGAGGUGGAGCUCCAAAAUAAAUGGGCAAAUAACAGAAUGUCUAAACGGCAGACUCAAUCUAAAUAUGGAUUUUAAGUUUUUUUUAUAAUCUCAGUAUAGAUUUAGAUGUGUAAAUAAUAAGUUAAAAAAUAAAAC